CCCACCCCGCUCCUCGCCCCUCCCUCCCACCCACGUUCUCUCGCCCCGGAGCCCCGGACACACCACAACCGCGAACAAACGAACCCCCGUCCAAGAACAACAAAGAGCCAACGAAGAAGAUCGAUCGGCAACAUCUCCAAGCGAGAAGAAGCGAGACGCGACCCGAUCCGACGUCCCAGGCGACCGAUCGAUCAAGAUGAGGGAGAUCCUGCACAUCCAGGGCGGCCAAUGCGGCAACCAGAUCGGCGCCAAGUUCUGGGAGGUGAUCUGCGGCGAGCACGGCAUCGACGCCACGGGCCAGUACACGGGCACGGCGCCGCAGCAGCUCGAGCGCAUGGACGUCUACUACAACGAGGCCGGCGGCGGCCGCUACGUGCCCCGCGCCGUCCUCAUGGACCUCGAGCCGGGCACCAUGGACUCGCUCCGCUCCGGCCCCAUCGGCGGCAUCUUCCGCCCCGACAACUUCGUCUACGGCCAGUCCGGCGCCGGGAACAACUGGGCCAAGGGACACUACACCGAGGGCGCCGAGCUCAUCGACUCCGUCCUCGACGUCGUGCGCAAGGAGGCCGAGAACUCCGACUGCCUCCAAGGGUUCCAAGUAUGCCACUCUCUGGGCGGGGGCACGGGUUCCGGCAUGGGCACGCUGCUCAUCUCCAAGAUCCGUGAGGAGUACCCGGACCGCAUGAUGCUCACCUUCUCCGUGUUCCCGUCCCCCAAGGUCUCCGACACGGUGGUGGAGCCCUACAACGCGACGCUGUCCGUGCACCAGCUCGUCGAGAACGCCGACGAGUGCAUGGUCCUCGACAACGAGGCCCUCUACGACAUCUGCUUCCGCACCCUCAAGCUCACCAACCCUUCCUUCGGUGACCUGAACCACCUGAUAUCGGCGACGAUGAGCGGGGUGACGUGCUGCCUGCGGUUCCCGGGGCAGCUCAACUCGGACCUCCGGAAGCUGGCGGUGAACCUGAUCCCGUUCCCGCGGCUGCACUUCUUCAUGGUCGGCUUCGCGCCGCUCACGUCCCGCGGCUCCCAGCAGUACCGGGCGCUGACGGUCCCGGAGCUGACGCAGCAGAUGUGGGACGCCAAGAACAUGAUGUGCGCGGCGGACCCGCGGCACGGCCGGUACCUGACGGCGUCGGCCAUGUUCCGGGGCAAGAUGAGCACCAAGGAGGUGGACGAGCAGAUGAUGAACGUGCAGAACAAGAACUCCUCCUACUUCGUCGAGUGGAUCCCCAACAACGUCAAGUCCAGCGUCUGCGACAUCCCGCCCGUCGGGCUCGCCAUGGCAUCCACAUUCGUCGGCAACUCAACGUCCAUCCAGGAGAUGUUCCGCAGGGUCAGCGAGCAGUUCACCGCCAUGUUCCGGCGCAAGGCUUUCCUCCACUGGUACACCAGCGAGGGCAUGGACGAGAUGGAGUUCACCGAGGCCGAGAGCAACAUGAACGACCUCGUCGCUGAGUACCAGCAGUACCAGGACGCCACCGCCGAGGAGUACGACGAGGAGGAGCCCGCCGGCGACGACGACCACGCCUGAUCGGCCGACGAUCCAGAGCUCUCUCUCUCUCUCUGCCUUUUGCAUGCUUCGGUUUGUGCUUCGUACCGUUCAAAGUCGUUUUAUACAUACAUCUACAUCUACUAUAAACGUGUGUUGCCGUGUCUGCCGAACCUGUAUGCGUACGUACGCUUGUGUGUGUUGCUGUCGUCCUCGUCAGCCUUGACUUGUCAUCGUUGUUUCAGGUUAUUUCAAAUCGUUUGCUUAUGUACGUACUGGGGAUUACUGUCCUCUCUGUAUAUGUUAGGAAUUAUAUAUCUACUUCGUUCAUUAUCUGCUUGCUUAA